GGUGCAGAAGAAAGGGGUUCGCCCAGGGCUGCACUCGUGCGAGAGCCGUCACUGGCCGCAGUAAAUGGAGGACUCGGGCACGCGCGUGGGUGUCCGUGACCGUGAUGAGUGGAGGAGGAGCGUUCUCGCGGUGCCUGAUGAGGAGGAGCGCGGGGAGCAUAAUGAUAGACGUUCUCACUCUGUGGACAGUAAUGUAGAUUUAUCCUCCGGACGCGGAGUCUCGCAGGUGCCUGUAAGGACUAGAGCUGCAGACCUAUCUGCUCCGUUACAUCCUUAAUCCGUGUCGGAUCUCUGUUGACCUUUCAUCAGCUCCUGCUUUCUUCCUUUUUCUUCUUUCAUACCCUCCUCCCUCCUCUCACUUAAUCUUCCCUCCUCUCUUUUGUGUCUCCAAGCCCCGGGCUUUAUUACUCAAACCCACUGACUAGAGCAACGCACAAUAGUUGGCAAAGGAUGAGGCGGGUGUGCUUGCCAACACCAGAUAGAGGAUAAAAGACACAAAAAAGACUAGCAACAGGUAAGAGUGACAUAGAGAGAUAGAAACGAAAGGAACAACUGUUGGAGGAAGCUACAAUAAAGCUGUGACAGGCAACAAAAACAACCAGGAUGCAUCGACAAAGGAAAGACUUGCGUUUUACUUGAUUGACAUGAGCUAGCAACACGCUCUUACUAAAUAAAGGAAGUGUUAGCCAUGCCAGCCAAGGGAAAGUACCUGCUGAAUAACCAGGAGCUCAAAAAUGAGGCACUGUACCGCAGAUUCUCCUGCAUCAGCCAGUAUCAGCCACUGGCACUGCUGCUGGGUCUCUCCAUACUCUGCUGUGUAAUUUUCCUCAUCCUCUUCUUUGCCCUUAAGCUGAAAACAGAGGAACAUCUUGCCUUUGUGAGUGUGGUGAGCAGCAGCCUGUUCGUGUUCCUAGUUGUAUUUAUCCUGGUGUGCUUUGAGAUUAUUUCACAACAAUGGAGGUUUUUGCUGGGCCUGGUUAUCUGGGUCACACAUCUAUCCCUGGGUUACACCUUCAUCUUCAGUGGACCUAUCAUCUUUCCUUGGGACCAGGUGCCUUUCUUCCUCUUUAUCAUCUUCACAGUGUAUACCAUGCUGCCAUUCCAGCUGUGGCAUGCUGUGGUGCUAAGUGUCAUCACUUCCGUGUCUCACCUUAUGGCCCUCUCACUGCGCUUAGCAACUGACAGUAACCUACCAGAUAAUCUUGCUAAUCAGUUCCUGUCCAAUGCAGUGGUGUUUUUGUGUGGCUGUGGAGUCGGAGCCUUUCAUAAGAUUCUGAUGGAGAAAACGCUAAGGCAGACCUUCCAAGACACUCUGAGGUGCCUUAGCAUGCGGGUAAAGCUUGAGAUCGAAAAGAGACAACAGGAGAACCUGCUGCAGUCGGUGCUCCCUGUUUAUAUCUCCAUGAAGAUGAAACUGGCAAUAAUGGAGCGGUUGCGAGAAUGUAAAGAUAAAGAUGAGCAGCAGCAACUUGUGAAGGAUAACAACUUUCAUAGCCUUUAUGUGAAGAGGCAUGAGAAUGUCAGUAUCCUGUAUGCAGACAUUGUUGGCUUCACUCGUUUGGCCAGUGACUGUUCUCCUAAGGACCUUGUACAUAUGCUCAACGAACUGUUUGGGAAGUUCGACCAAAUUGCUAAGGAAAAUGAAUGCAUGAGAAUCAAGAUCCUGGGAGACUGCUACUACUGUGUGUCGGGCCUGCCAGUAUCACUGCCGAAGCAUGCUAAGAACUGUGUUAAAAUGGGCCUGGACAUGUGUGAAGCAAUCAAGCAGGUACGGGAAGCCACUGGAGUAGAUAUCAACAUGAGAGUGGGUGUUCACUCAGGCAACGUGCUUUGCGGUGUGAUCGGCCUCAGAAAGUGGCAGUUUGACGUAUGGUCACAUGAUGUCACCUUGGCCAAUCAUAUGGAGUCAGGAGGCCUCCCAGGCCGUGUCCAUAUCACAGAGGCAACUCUGAAGCACCUCAACAAGGCCUAUGAAGUUGAAGAGGGCAAUGGCCACCUCAGAGACCCUUACCUCAAUGAACUCAAUAUCAAGACUUACCUAGUCAUUGAUCCAAGGUCGAAAGAUCCAUCUCUGAGCACUCGGAGCACUGCUAAACCCAGAGUGAAUGACGGGCUGAAGAUGAGGGCGUCGGUCCGUAUGACCCGUUACCUUGAAUCCUGGGGGGCCGUCAAACCUUUUGCCCACCUGCAGAGCCGGGAGGGCUUUACGUCUGACAACAUUGUUACUGGAAAGUCGCGGUUCAAGGACAUUCCUUUGCGACCACCCUCUACCAAACAUGAUAGCUUUGACGAGUCCCUUGAAGAGCCAUUCUCCUUGUCAACCUCUCCGCUCAGCAACCAUAAGAUCAAAUCUCAGAAGACUAAGUUUGAUGAGCAGCUGCACAAUGAGAUGACCACUACUAUAGAUGAGCUCAGCAGCAAUGCCCUUCUUUCUAUUUUCUCUUCCUGUAGGCAGUGGUUGAAGUCUGAAGAGAGUGGCAGCUUGGCCUUGUGCUUUCCAAAAAAUGAUUUAGAAAAGCAGUACCGAGCCCUGGAUUUACCGAUGUUCAAGCACUAUGUGGGCUGUGCAACCUUCAUCUUCCUCUGUAUCUUUGUGAUUCAAAUGCUUGUCACAAAGGACACACAGAAGUUGGGGAUGUCCUUUGGAGUGUUGGUUUGUAUUCUGCUGGUGAUUUUGACCAUCUGUUAUGCAGGCCAUUUGCAGCGCGUGUUUCCACACAAGCUGUCAGGGUGUCAGUGGCUGCCAGCUGUAUCGGAGGCGGUGGUUAAUCGGCCGUGUGUGCGCCUCCCUCUGGCAACCAUUACCACUGCAGUUAUCAUUAUUCUGGCGCUGUUUAACCUGUGCUUCAUCAACGUAGACACUGAGAAGAAGGAAGCUGACUUGACUCUGCCUUACUCUGUGUGCUGCUGUAUCCUGUCACUCAUUGCGUGUGGAGUUUUUCUCCGCGUGAGCUUCGAGCUCAAAGUGCUCUUCCUCACUGUUGCUUCCAUCGUGUACUACAUCAUCAUCUUCAGCACCAAGGAUGAACCCUUCAAUACCUUCGAAACCUCACUUCCGUUUCCAUACAAUGACAGCUUAAACUGCACCGAGAGAAAAAAUCAAACCUCGAAAAUCCAGACCAGUUUUGGACUUGUAAAAAACCUACAGAUUAUGAGCGGCAUAUACAUUACACUGUUUCUGGUUACCAUGUUCAUCAUAUCACAACAGAAUGAGAACUGCUUUUGGCAGGACUUCCUGCUUAAGUAUAAGAACCGUACAGAGCAGGACGAGAUUGAGACGAGGGAGAACCUGAACCGUCUGCUGCUGGAAAACGUGCUGCCUGCCCAUGUGGCAGCACUCUUCGUCGGUGAGAACAAGAAGAACGAGGACCUAUACUACAAGUCAUAUAACUGUGUCUGCGUGAUGUUUGCCUCUGUGCCGGAUUUCAAAGAGUUUUACACCGAGUGUGAUAUUAACAAGGAGGGCUUGGAAUGCCUAAGGCUGCUUAAUGAGAUCAUCGCCGAUUUUGAUGAGCUGCUCUCCAAACCAAAGUUCAGUGGUAUGGAGAAGAUCAAGACAAUUGGCAGCACCUACAUGGCAGCCGCAGGGCUUAGUGGGACGGCUGUGCAGGAAAACAAUCAGGACAGAGAGAGGCAGCAGGCCCAGAUAGGAAUCAUGGUGGAGUUUGCCAUCGCUAUGAUGGGCAAGUUGGAUGGUAUCAACAGACAUUCCUUCAACAGCUUCAGGCUUCGAGUGGGAAUUAAUCAUGGCCCAGUGAUAGCAGGAGUGAUCGGUGCGAGGAAACCCCAGUAUGACAUCUGGGGCAACACAGUGAAUGUUGCCAGCAGAAUGGAGAGCACUGGAGAAAUGGGAAAGAUCCAGGUAACAGAGGAAACCUCUGAAGUGCUGAAGAGGCUGGGUUACUCUUGUGAGUGCAGAGGACUCAUCAGCGUCAAAGGGAAAGGGGAGCUGAAGACCUUCUUCGUGUGCACUGACAGCAAGGCAUGGGGCUGAGCUUAGGUCGGGUCGUCGCAGCCAACAGAACUGGACACAGACUCAUGUACACAAGUUAGAGUUUACAAACUCUCGCACAUCGCAAAUGUCAGCCUGGCUGUAAUGAUUGUUCCUGUGAUGCUGUUGAAAGGAAAAACAAAAAUGGCCGCUUCACUAUGUGGGGGAUAGACCUGGAACCAUUUAGUUAGAGGAUGACAGAGAUGGUCGCUGUGAAGAGUCACCAUCUUUUUCUAUUCACAAUAAAAACAUUGAUGUCAUGUACUUUUUUCUUUCUAACCUAAUGUGAUGAAAAUGAAAUGAUGUUUAAUGCCAAUUUAUUCUUGCAGACCUGUUUGAUGUUGAUUUUUUUUUUUUAUUAUGCUUUAUUGGAGUAAUUCGAGUUUAUCGAAUUAGGCUUACUUUCAUAAAUCAGUCUUUUAGGGAAACAAAACUCUUUCUAAAAUCCACCCUUUUAAAAAGUGAUGAAUGCUUCUGCAUAAUGAACGUAACAAGUGUUAGGUAUUCAGACUGAGCAGUACCAUAUGGAAACCUACAUUUGAUCACUUCUAAUGGGCAUAUUCAGGUAACAAAGGCAGCCCUCCUGCCUGGUUAAAACUUAAAUCUUCACACCUUUAAGUUCAGGUAAUAUUCUUUAAGUUCACAUUCCUUGGUUCCAGCUGUGCAGUUUGACCACUCUAGCAGUUUACAUAUUUGAGAAGAGCUGUGCUGAUUAUAUUCCAUCAUAUUUUGUUUUCUCUGAUAAAGAAAAAUUAACCUAUUCUGCUGCCUUUUGGUCUCCAUAUGUGCUGCGACAGUUGGGAAAUGUUAUGCAUGUCCUCAGCUGUGUGAUCUAACAAUCUUCCUGCUGUGAUUUGUUUUCUUUUUCUGGCCACCAUAACACUGUCGGUGCCUCUGAAUCAGUCUCGUGGCCUUGUCGUCUGACACCAACACCUCGUCUGUAAUUGCUGUUGCAUAAUGUUGUAUUGGCCUUUCUGUGAACAAAUGUGACAUUGACUUUUUGUACCGUUACAGAAUGUAAUAAAUGUUUUCUUAAGUCUGCA